AUGCCUAGUGUAACUAGAACCUCUACUGGCAAAAUCCCAGCCAAGCCUGCCCCAGCACCUGUCGUAGCUCCUAAGCCAAAGAAUGCCACACCAAAGGCCGCACCAAAGGCAAACACUGGAAAGAAGGUUGCUCCAACCAACGGCUCUAAGCCAAUAGGCGUUAUUAAGAAAUCCGCUGUCUCUAAGAAACCCGCUGCCCCAAAGAAGAAGCCCGCAGCUAUUGCCCAGCCUGAAGCUGCUGUAGAGGAACCCGAAAAGGUUGCCGAGAAGGCCGCAGAGAUCGUUGAGGAAAAAGUCGAGGAGGCUACUGCCGAGAAGCCAGCUGCUGAGAAGCCGGCGCCAAAGAAGAAGGCCACUCCCGCACCAAAGAAGCCUGCCACCAAGGUUUCUAAGAAACCCGCCGCCAAAGCCUAAGCAAAAACACCUCUAUCAAAAUGAAUCGCUCUCCAGGAACACAGAUGGAGGUGUCUCUUUCAAGAGCCUUUAUGAUAUAACAACCCUUUGGAUUGAACACACAAUCACUCCUUCUAAUUGAUACCCAGUAUCUUUGUUCUGAGCGAGCGUUACUUUGGAGUGUAUAUGAAUGUGCCCUGGCGUUUCUCAGGCGUUUUCUAGUUUUUGGGUCGAAGGUGGUAAUGCUAUGUUCAAUGUUAUGACUUGUGGAUCUUUUUGAGGACUGUAUCUAGAUAGUAUCUAUGAAUGCGUAUUUGGGAAUAGGGGAGUGCUUUUUCUUUACCUUUACUUUUGGAAGGAGAAUUGUGAUGAGGGAGAUUUUGGAAAGACGAAACAGCUUUUUAAAUGAACAGACGACGGAUCUAAAGAAAUUGCAAAUGAUUUAUAACGAACGAUUUGAAUGCUAGCAGUUG